AUGAUUAGGAUAUAACCAAAAUAGAGGCAAAGAAGCAGCACCACCCAUCUCUUAUUCCGGUCCAACCAAGACAGAUACCCUAAAUCAGCACCCAUCAUAAAUAUCAGCAACAACACCAUUUGUUUUUCUCAAACUCAAACCAACUCACCCUGAUCCCGUGCCUCUUUUCUCUCUACCAUAAAAAAACACAUCCUCUAUAUCUCUUUCUGAAACAAGCCUCUCUCUCGUUUUCUUUUCUCUCAAGCAACAUUAGAGCUAAGCAAGAAUACUGCAGAAACCAGGCGCGCCAUGGCUGCCUGCGGAAGCCUCCAACACAUCUUUGAGACCCCGUUGACCGCCGAGAGCCCGAGACUGCUCGACUCCCUCUCCUCAUGGAACAAUCUUCAGCCUGUCAAAGCCAUCCACAAGUCAUCCUUCACCGAGAUCUUCGGGGCGCUUCAUUUCAAUGAUAAUUCUCCGCUGUCAUCAACAUCAUCACCUGUAGUGUCAAGAUCCUUCUCAUCCUCAUCUUUGGUCGAUGUUGCUUCACAACCCAAGAUUAUUGAUGGCAAGAAAAAUGAGACUGACCAUAAGAUCAGCCCCAUAUCAAAUGAAGCAUCUUUUUCAGGUACAGAGAACAAAUACAACAGGUCUCAUAAAAGCAGUGACACCUUCUCAUCGAUGAAUUCAGAAAGCUUGCAACUGUGCACGGAGGGGCUUGGUUUUGAGAGCUCUGGCGAUGUUGAGAGCCCGACGAGCAGCGAUGUGAAAGAAGAGUGGCAAAAUGUUCAAGAGAAGGUUAGUUUCACCACAAAGCAAUGUUUUACGGCAACAUCAAAUAACCAUUUUAGCGGACAUAGGAAAACAAGGAGUGCUAGUUUUGGAGGAUUCCCUCCACCAAUUUCUUGCAUAAGCAAGAGUGGAAAGCCUUGGGUUUGCUUCAAGUCUUACAGGCACGAUGGCAGGUUUGUCCUCAAAGAAAUAAGAAUUCCCACCCAGGAGUUUCUUCAUGCGUACAGAGAAGGUGGUCGUCUCAAGCUGCACUUCAUUCACCACGAGGAUGAACAGAUCCUCAGUGAGGUAGAAAGGGAAAAUGAUGAUGAGGAUGAUGAUGAUGAUGACGACAAUGAAGAAGAAGAUUGUGACGAUAAUAUUGACGGUCAGGAGGAAGAAAAUGGAGAAGACCAAGCCGAUGCCGCUGAUGCCUGUAAAUGAAGGGAAUCAGGCAAACAGUGGAAUCUACAGUACAAAUGAAGUCUCAGGUUCAUGUUUUAGGUAGGAAUAAGUUUCAAGGUUGACGUGGUGUAGCAUUGGAGUAAGGCUUUCAAGUUAUAUGUGCCAUUUCUCCCAGAAAAUUAGACAAAAAAACUGAAGAAAUAUGGCUUUUCCUAAUUAGAAAAUAAAUCUCUCUCUCAGCAGUAACCUCUUUAGAAACAGAUUGCUGUGUGCA